UUUGUUUCUCUACAUAAUAGACAAAUUACGCAAUUUUGAUACCCGUGACCGCAAAUUAAUCAGUCGUAUUUGCGUCAUUAUCCUAGAAAUUUGACGUCUAAAUUGUAUUCAUUUCCAGCAGAAAGUUAUUUCGUUCAAGCGGAAGUGCAUUGUAUUUAUGUACGACUUGUGAUUGUUUUUCUCGAUUAUAUCGUAAUUUCAAUGAUUCGUUGACAUUUGAUCGGUAAAUCAAUCAGUCGAAUUGAGUCGAAUGUAAUUGCUGUUUUGAAACGAACAGAUAAGAUAUGAAUUCACCUUGUAUUUUAUGGAGAGGAUCCUAUGAACACAUGUAAAAAGUAUUAUCUGUUGUGUAAAUAUAAUUGUUUGCAACAAGUUGCUCAAGAUGACAAAUAAUAUUCUGAAUCCUUGUAUUAAUACAAAUGUCUCGCUUGGAAUAGAUGAAGCAUGUCUUAGUAUUUUAAAUUUGUAUUAUUAUCCUGUCAUCUGUUAUUCCAUAGCAUGGGAUGCAUACUGGGGUACUGGUAUGCCAAUGGCCAAUUUAGCACCUUCAACAAAUACAAGUCUGGUAAUAUCCACAAAAUACCCGUUGCACAUUUACUAUAAAACAACUGAAUCUAAUAGAACCUAUGAAUAUUGUCACACCACAUAUACCUUCAAAGAACAUGGUAGUUAUAGAUGGAAUGUAACAGGUGGUCCUCACUGUCCUGAGAUUGAUAUCAUACGUGAACCAAUAGAAAGCUAUUUGCCAAUUUUUGCAGCAUUUAUGGUGUAUACUUUAUUAGCAAUUAUAUGGACAACAUCAAAGGUGAUUAUAAGAGUAAUAAGAGGCAGAUUAUCACCUGAAAAUGUACAAGAUGAUUUGGAUAGACUUCAGGAAUCAGAAAGCACAACUCAUCCAGUAAUUAGAACUACAAAAGCUAGUACUAGAAUAAGAUCAGUGGAUACGUUCAGGGGAAUUUGUAUACUGCUAAUGAUAUUUGUCAACAAUGGCGGUGGAAAAUAUGUUUUCUUUAAUCAUAGUGCAUGGUUUGGACUUACUGUAGCAGAUUUAGUACUUCCCUGGUUUGCAUGGAUUAUGGGUAUGACAAUAACAAUAUCAAAGCGUGCCGAGCUCCGUGUAACAGCUUCGCGCCUAAAAAUAACAUUACGUUGUGUUCGUCGAUCGCUAAUAUUAAUAUUCCUUGGACUGAUGUUAAAUUCAAUGAAUUUAAUUCAAAAAAUUCAAUUAAAAUCUUUGAGCGAUCUUCGUUUUCCUGGAGUACUUCAAUUACUAGCUGUAUCCUACUUCGUAUGCUCCACGCUGGAAACAAUUUUCAUGAAACCUCAUUCACAAGAUACCUUACUCCAGUUUGGACGUUUCGCUUCGUUCCGAGAUAUCUUGGAUAGUUGGCCCCAAUGGUUGAUUAUGGCAGGCAUUGUAACUACCCAUACUCUUAUUACGUUCCUUCUGCCUGUACCUGGUUGUCCAAAAGGCUACUUUGGACCCGGAGGAGAGUAUGAUCAUCGAGGAAAAUACGCGAAUUGUACCGCUGGUGCAGCUGGUUAUAUAGAUAGGACUAUUUUUGGAAAUCAUACGUACUCCAAGACAAUGAAUGAUAUGUAUGGUCAAAUUUCACGUUACGAUCCUGAAGGAUUAAUGAAUACUAUAUCAGCAAUAUUUAUUGUUUAUCUGGGUGUUCAUGCUGGUAAGAUUUUAUUAAUGUAUUAUCAGUAUAAUGGUAGAGUGAUUAGAUGGUUUCUAUGGGCAGUAUUAACGGGUAUUAUUGCUGGAAUCUUAUGUGGUUUUUCCAAGUUUAAUGGAGUAAUUCCAGUUAGCAAAAGAAUGAUGACCUUGUCGUUCGAUUUGACCUGUUCCAGUUUUGCUUUCUUAUUAUAUGCAAUUUUGUACACUCUUGUUGAUUACAAACAAGUUUGGGGUGGAGCUCCAUUUAUUUAUGCGGGAACAAACCCAAUUUUUCUUUAUGUGGGUCACAUUUUAACAAAAGAUUUGUUCCCAUGGGCAUGGAAAUUAGCUCAUCCUUCACACGCAUCUCUUCUUGCUAUGAAUUUAUGGACGACAACUUUGUGGGCAAUAGUCGGGUAUCUUCUUUAUCGAAAGGACAUUAUUAUAACUAUAUAAAAACAUAAGUAUGUAUUAAGGUAUUAUACAUUUAUGACUACUUCUCGAAAUGUAAAGUCGCACUAGUAUAAACAAAAGUAUAUAAAAGAACAGUGCGUUAUAUUUAAUAAUGCUGUUAACAUUAACGAAUAUGUAAUGAUAUUAUUGAUUUGAGCUUUAAAUAAUUACUUUAAACGUUGUAUUUUAUUUUUAUAAAUAAACAUGACAAAUAAUUUAA